AUGUCAGAUGCAAACAAAUUAAUCCAACAAUCAAAUUUACUUUCAUUCUUCUCUUUAUUAUUUAAACGUCGUAAAAUUGUUUUAUGUAUAUUAUUUUCAUUUAUAUUUCAUAAUUAUUUUUCGUAUGCUCAAUCAACAACAAUUCAAUUAUUAUCAACAUCUUCAUCAUAUAAUAAAAGUUUAUCGAUUAAUGAUGAAUGGGUUAACAAGUGUUCACCAGUUUCAAUUGAUGAAUUUCCACCUGAUUUUCUUACUGAUCAACAAAAACGUCAUGGAGGAAUACUAUUGCAUAUUAUUAUUAUUUGCUAUUUAUUUGCCACUUUAGAAAUUGUAUGUGACGAUUAUUUUGCAACAGCAUUAGAACGUAUUGCUUUUAAUUUUAAUCUAACACCAGAUGUAGCUGGAGCGACAUUUAUGGCAAUGGCAACAUCUGCCAGUGAAUUUUUUACUUCAUUGGUUGGUGUAUUUUUUGUUAAAAGUGAUAUUGCUCUUGGUACAAUCGUUGGAUCAGCAGUAUUUAAUAUUCUUUUUGUUGUUGCCCUAUGUGCUCUAAUAACCAAGACAGUAUGUGAGCUUGAUGCUUAUCCGAUCGUUCGAGAUGCCGGUUUCUAUUGUAUAGCUGUCGCUGUUUUAUAUAUAAUUAUUCGAGAUUCAAAAAUAUACUGGUAUGAAGCAAUGGCUCUUGUUCUACUCUAUUUUGUUUAUAUAAUUAUAAUGAAAUUCAACGAUCGUAUAUCCCGUUUGGUACAUGGUCAACAAAAAAAUUAUAAUGAAUCUGAACGUAAACCAAGUGUUAAUGAUGGUGUUAAUGUUCCUUUAACAUCAAUCGCUCUCGAUGAACAUACAACCGGUUCUGUUAGUAUUCAUCAGAAUCAUCCACUAGCUCGUUCAGUCAGUGAAUCAGCGUUGAAUACAGGUGAUGGUGAUCGAAAAUCUCAUGCUUCAUCUCAUUCGUAUAAACCGAGUAAAAAACGUCUUCGAGAUGGUCAACAUAUUGUUGCUGAAGCAACAGAAAUCUUUUCACCUACUAAACCACCAAAGAAAACACAUAAAUUAAUUAAAUGGAUUUUAUUAUAUCCUGUUAGAUUAUUAAUGCACAUAACAAUACCAGAUUGUCGAACAGCCGUAUUUAGAGACUACUAUUAUUUAACAUUUGUCAUGUCCACCAUAUGGGUUGCCGGUUUGGCUUAUGUUCUUGUUUGGUUAGUUGUUAUUGUUGGCUAUACUUUAAAUAUUCCUGAUUCUGUAAUGGGCUUAACACUUUUAGCAGCUGGUUCAUCAACAGAAGAAAUAUUCAAUGCGGUAGUAAUGACAAGAAGAGGUCAUCCUGAAAUGGCCAUUGCCGGUUCAAUUGGUUCUAAUGUAUUUGAUAUUCUCAUGGGUUUGGGUAUACCAUGGUUAUUUCGAAAUUUAAUUCGUAGUACGCCUCCAGUAGGACCAGAUUAUGUUGAAGUCUAUAGUAAAGGUUUACAAUAUUCAACAAUUAUUUUGUUUGCAUCAUUAGCAUUAUUUCUACUAACGUUUUUUCUCAAUAGAUGUCGUCUAACAAAAUCCUACGGAGUUUUUCUCAUUGUUAUUUGGUUUACAGUUAUUGUUGUUAUGUGUAUGUUAGAACUAAAUAUAUUCGGAGAAUUUCAUCCAAAACCAUGUCAUCGAGUACGGUUAAUUCAGAAUGACUAA